AUGAGAUUUUUUCACAUGUUAAACAAGGGUUUGUCACUCUUGCAUUGGGCUUGUGAUCGUGGACAUUUAGAAAUUGUCAAGUUAUUAAUAGAACGUGGUUCAAAUAUAAACAUUUUGACAAAUGAAAAUGAAACACCCUUUCACUAUGCAUGUCUUUCUGAACAUCUUGAAUGUUCAAGACAUUUGUAUAGAAAUAAUAUUGAUAUUACUAUCAAAGAUAAAGAAGGGCUUACAGCAUUAGAACAAUGUGAUGAAGAAUUUAAACAAUUAGUUAUUCAAGAUUAA